GGUGGCGGCGGCGGGGUCGCUCCGGCCGCCAGCACCUUCGCCCGGGUACCGCUCGCCGCCGCCGCCCACGUGCGCGCGGGCCCCGCGGAGCGCAUCUUCGGUGCCGGCGGCUGCGUAUUUUGGUUUUCUGCCUCUCAUCUCUCUUUCUUUUUACUUUUUGCAUAUGGGAAAAAGUUGAGUCGAAAGUGUCCACCAAUUGCCACGUCCCCAUUAUCCUCCUUUCCCGCCCCACUGUUUUUGUUUUUUUUUUUUUAAAGCAGUGUCAACGGUGGGUUUUGGUUUUUUUUUUUAAGUGUCUAUUUUGUUUUACGAUCGAUAGUUUCCCGGCGGUUGCUGAUCCGCGGAGUGGCGUGGACCUCAUGUAGAAAUAACAGCAAUGGAAGGGGCCAGCGGGUCGAGUUUUGGAAUAGACACGAUUUUAUCCGGUGCCGGUUCCAGCAGCCCCGGCAUGAUGAACGGAGAUUUCCGCCCUCUUGGCGAAGCUAGGACCACGGAUUUUAGGAGCCAGGCCACACCGUCACCCUGUUCGGAGAUUGAUACCGUGGGAACGGCGCCCUCUUCUCCGAUCUCGGUCACCUUGGAGCCCCCGGAGCCGCACCUCGUGACAGACGGGCCCCAGCUUCACCAUCACCUUCACCACAGCCAGCAGCCGCCGCCGCCGCCGCCGCCAGCCGCGGCUCCCGCGCAAAGUUUGCAGGCUUCGCCCCAACAGCAGCCGCCGCCGCCGCAGCCACAGUCCGCGGCCCAACAGCUGGGCUCGGCCGCCUCGGCCCCCAGGACUUCCACCUCUUCUUUUUUAAUUAAGGACAUCUUGGGGGACAGCAAACCUCUGGCGGCUUGUGCGCCCUACAGCACCAGCGUGUCUCCCCAUCACACGCCGAAGCAGGAGAGCAACGCCGCGCACGAGAGCUUCAGGCCAAAGCUGGAGCAGGAGGACAGCAAAACCAAGCUGGACAAGAGGGAAGACUCCCAGAGCGACAUCAAAUGCCAUGGAACAAAGGAAGAAGGAGACCGGGAGAUUACCAGUAGCCGAGAGAGUCCCCCUGUGAGAGCCAAGAAACCUCGAAAAGCCAGGACAGCUUUCUCGGACCAUCAGCUCAAUCAACUAGAGCGUAGCUUCGAGCGGCAGAAGUACCUGAGUGUCCAGGACCGCAUGGACUUGGCAGCCGCGCUCAACCUCACUGACACGCAAGUCAAGACCUGGUACCAGAACCGCAGAACCAAGUGGAAGCGGCAGACCGCGGUGGGCUUGGAGCUGCUGGCCGAGGCCGGGAACUACUCCGCUCUGCAGAGGAUGUUUCCGUCGCCCUAUUUCUACCACCCAAGCCUGCUGGGCAGCAUGGACAGCACCACGGCGGCCGCGGCGGCCGCGGCCAUGUACAGCAGCAUGUACCGGACUCCUCCGGCGCCCCACCCGCAGCUGCAGCGGCCGCUGGUGCCCCGCGUGCUCAUCCACGGCCUCGGGCCCGGGGGACAGCCGGCCCUCAACCCUCUGUCCAACCCCAUCCCAGGCACCCCGCAUCCCCGGUGAGGAAAGGGACAGCGCUCCAGGUUCCCAUCCCGCCCCGGACAGCUGCCCCGCCUCUCCCCGCACCAGGCCAACAGGAAUAGAGGCGGAGGGGGUGAAAGGAGGAGCUCGCCGGUGGGCUGGGGUCCCCGAGGACCGGCCAGCCCUCUGCUCUCCAUCUGCCCCCUCAGAGGCAGGGAUGCAAAGCUCCCCAGCCGCGUGGCUGCUGGAGAGAAAUACUGACCCCACUGAGAUGGCAACCCGUAAGUGAAAACAUCCACCAAAACAAAACCCUCGAGUUCUUUUUUUUAACGAAAAUGACUUUAGGGACACGCAGAAGGGAGGGAGGGGGGAGGGCUAAGAAGGGACGAGAGAAGGGCAUGGAGAGGAACCUUCUAGCAGAGAGAAUUGUUGCUGGACAGACAGCCUGAAGUUCACCCCAGGCAGAAGGUGGUACCCUGGACAUCCACCGUUCUGCCUCAGAGCAGAGGAGGGUGACGGAGAACUUUGCACUGAUUUCUCAUGAGCUUUUUUUCUUUUGGAAAAGUGGCAUGCUACAUAAUAUGAAAAAAAAAUGUACAUUUGAAAGACUGAGUGAUAAGUGAUAUAUCAUAUUUAUUAUAUGUUGUCCAAAACAGAGUCACUUAUAUACGUCAGUAAAAACAUGAUUUUUCUUUUCAUGUCUUUUUGAUUCA